CGGGCGCAGCGGUCCCCGGAGCUGGAAGAUGGCGAGGCCGGACGCGCGGCUCUGCGCGGGGGGCGCGCGGGGGCUCCCCGGGCCCCUGCUCCUGGCCGGGGUGGCGCUGCUGGGCGCGGCGCGGGCGCGGGCGGCGGCGGGCGACGGCUUCAGCCUGCACCCGCCCUACUUCAACCUGGCCGAGGGCGCCCGCAUCUCCGCCUCGGCCACCUGCGGCGAGGAGGCCCCAGCGCGCGGCGCCCCGCGCCCCACCGAGGACCUCUACUGCAAGCUGGUGGGCGGCCCCGUGGCCGGCGGAGACCCCAACCAGACCAUCCAGGGUCAGUACUGCGACAUCUGCACGGCCGCACACAGCAACAGGGCGCACCCCGUGAGCAACGCCAUCGACGGCACGGAGCGCUGGUGGCAGAGUCCGCCGCUGUCCCGGGGACUGCAGUACAACGAGGUCAACGUCACGCUGGACCUGGGCCAGGUUUUCCACGUGGCCUAUGUGCUCAUCAAGUUCGCCAACUCCCCGAGACCGGACCUCUGGGUGCUGGAGCGGUCCACGGACUUUGGCCGCACCUACCAGCCGUGGCAGUUCUUCGCCUCCUCCAAGAGGGACUGCUUUGAGCGGUUCGGGCCGCAGACGCUGGAGCGCAUCACGCAGGACGACCACGUCAUCUGCUCCACCGAGUACUCUCGGAUCGUGCCCCUGGAGAACGGCGAGAUCGUGGUUUCCUUGGUGAAUGGGCGCCCGGGGGCCAGGAACUUCUCCUACUCGCCCCUGCUGCGCGACUUCACCAAAGCUACCAACAUCCGCCUGCGCUUCCUGCGCACGAACACGCUGCUGGGCCACCUCAUGGGCAAGGCGCUGCGGGACCCCACCGUCACCCGCCGGUACUAUUACAGCAUCAAGGACAUCAGCAUUGGUGGCCGCUGCGUCUGCCACGGCCACGCGGACGUCUGUGAUGCCCAGGACCCCAUGGACCCCUUCAGGCUCCAGUGCACCUGUCAGCACAACACGUGUGGGGGCUCCUGCGACCGCUGCUGCCCCGGCUUCAACCAGCGGCCGUGGAAGCCGGCAACCACUGACAACGCCAACGAGUGCCAGUCCUGCAACUGCCACGGCCACGCCCACGACUGCUUCUACGACCCUGAGGUGGACCGGCGCAACGCCAGCCAGAACCUUGACGGCGCGUACCAGGGCGGGGGCGUGUGCAUCGACUGCCAGCAUCACACCACCGGCAUCAACUGUGAACGCUGUCUGCCCGGCUUCUUCCGUGCCCCGGACCAGCCCCUCGACUCUCCCCACGCUUGCCGCCGCUGCAGCUGUGAGUCGGACUUCACGGAUGGGACGUGCGAGGACCUGACCGGCCGCUGCUACUGCAAACCCAACUUCACGGGGGAGCGCUGCGGCGCGUGCGCUGAGGGCUUUGCUGGCUUCCCGCACUGCUACCCGGUGUCCCCCCCCUCCAACCACACCGGGGAGCAGGUGCUGCCGGCCGGACAGAUCGUGAACUGUGACUGCAGCGCCGCCGGGACACAGGGCAACGCCUGCCGGAAGGACCCGCGGGUGGGACGCUGCGUGUGCAAACCCGCCUUCCAGGGUGUCCACUGCGAGCUCUGCGCCCCUGGGUUCUAUGGCCCGAGCUGCCAGCCGUGCCAGUGUUCCAGCCCCGGAGUGGUGGACGGGGCCUGCGACCCUGACUCAGGCCAGUGCACGUGCCGGGAGGGCUUCGAGGGGGCCGCCUGUGACCACUGCGCCCCAGGAUACUUCCACUUUCCUCUCUGCCAGUUGUGCGGCUGCAGCCCUGUGGGGACCCUGCCCGAGGGCUGCGACGAGGCGGGCCGCUGCCCGUGCCGGCCGGAGUUCGAUGGCCCUCACUGUGACCGAUGCCGCCCGGGCCACCAUGGUUAUCCCGAUUGCCAUGCCUGCACCUGCGACCCCCGGGGUGCCCUGGACCAGCUCUGCGGGGCAGGGGGUGUGUGCCGCUGCCGCCCCGGCUAUGCGGGCCCUACCUGCCAGGAGUGCAGCCCCGCCUUCUACGGCUUCCCCGAGUGUGCCCCCUGCCGAUGCUCCGCCGAGGGCUCCCUGCACGCAGCCUGUGACCCCCGCAGCGGCCAGUGCAGCUGCCGGCCCCGUGUGACCGGGCUGCGAUGUGACGCCUGUGUGCCCGGCGCCUACAACUUCCCCGUCUGUGAAGCUGGCUCCUGCCACCCCGCCGGCCUGGCCCUGGCCGACCACACCCGUCCCGAGGCACAGGCCCCCUGUACAUGCCGGGCUCAUGUAGAGGGGCCGAGCUGUGAUCGCUGUAAACCUGGGUUCUGGGGCCUGAGUCCCAGUAACCCUGAGGGCUGCACCCCCUGCAGCUGUGAUCCCCGGGGCACGCUGGGUGGAGUCGUCGAGUGCCGGCCGGGAGACGGCCAGUGCCCCUGCAAGCCUCACGUGUGCGGCCGGGCCUGCGCGGCGUGCCGGGACGGCUUCUUUGGGCUUGACCAGGCGGACUACUUCGGCUGCGGCAGCUGCCGGUGUGACGUUGGCGGCGCGCUGGGACACGGCUGUGACCCGCGGACGGGCGCCUGCCGGUGCCGCCCCAACACCCAGGGCCUCACCUGCAGCGAGCCGGCGCGGGACCACUACCUCCCUGACCUGCACGACCUGCGCCUGGAGCUGGAGGAGGCGGCCACGCCCGAGGGCCGCACCGUGCGCUUCGGCUUCAACCCCCUCGAGUUCGAGAGCUUCAGCUGGAGGGGCUACGCGCAGAUGUCGCCCAUCCAGCCCAGGAUCGUGGUGAGGCUGAACGUGACCUCCCCUGACGUCUUCCGGCUUGUCUUCCGGUAUGUCAACCGCGGGCCCACCAGCGUGAGUGGGCGAGUCUCUUUGCAGGAGGAGGGCAAGCUUGCCACCUGCACCAACUGCACAGAGCAGAGCCAGCCUGUCACCUUCCCGCCCAGCACGGAGCCUGCCUUUGUCACCGUGCCCCAGAGGGGCUUUGGGGAGCCCUUUGUCCUGAACCCUGGCACCUGGGCCCUGCUCGUGGAGGCUGAGGGGGUGCUCCUGGACUACGUGGUCCUGCUGCCCAGCACCUACUACGAGGCGGCCCUCCUGCAGCUGCAGGUGACCGAGGCCUGCACGUUCCGGCCCGCCGAGCAGCGCUCCAAGGAGAACUGCCUCCUCUACACGCACCUGCCCCUGGAUGGCUUCCCCUCAGUCGCGGGAACCGAGGCCCUGUGUCGCCGUGACAACAGCCUGCCCUGGCCUUGCCCCACGGAGCAGCUCAACCCCUUGUACCCGCCCCUGGCCGCCUGCCUGGGCAGCGACGUGGACGUCCAGCUUCAGGUGGCCGUGCCACAGCCGGGCCGCUACGUCCUGGUGGUGGAGUAUGCCAACGAGGACGCCCGCCAGGAGGUGGGCGUAGGCACGCACGUCCCACAGCGGGCGCCGCAGGAGGGGACACUCACCUUGCACCCCUGCCUCUACAGCGCCCUGUGCCGGGGCACCGUCCUGGACACCCAGCACCACCUGGCCGUCUUCCACCUGGACACGGAGGCCAGUGUCCGGCUCACGGCCAAGCAGGCACGCUUCUUCCUGCACAGCGUCACCCUGGUGCCCGCGGAGACAUUCAGCCUGGAGUUCGUGGAGCCCCGGGUCCGCUGCGUCAGCAGCCACGGUGCCUUCAAGCCCAGCAGUGCCACCUGCCUGCCAUCCCGCUUCCCGAAGCCGCCCCAGCCCGUCGUGCUGCGGGACUGCCUGGUGCUGCCGCUGCCCCCCGGCCUGCCCCUGGCCCGCUCGCAGGACUUCACGCCUGGCGCGCUCCCACCAGGGCCCCGGCCCCGGCCCUCCACUGCCGUGGACCCCGACGUGGAGCCCACCCUGCUGCGCCACCCCCAGGCGACCGUGGUCUUCACCACCCACGUGCCCGCACUGGGCCGCUACGCCUUCCUGCUGCAUGGCUACCAGCCGGCGCACCCCACCUUCACCGUGGAGGUCCUCGUCAGCGGGGGCCGAGUCUGGCAGGGCCACGCCAACGCCAGCUUCUGCCCACACGGCUACGGCUGCCGCACCCUGGUGGUGUGUGAGGGCCAGGCCAUCCUGGACGUGACCGACAGUGAGCUCACCGUGACUGUGCGCGUGCCUGAGGGCCGGUGGCUCUGGCUGGAGUAUGUGCUGCUGGUCCCCGAGGAGGCCUACAGCUCCAGCUACCUCCGAGAGGAGCCGCUGGACAAGUCCUAUGACUUCAUCAGCCAGUGUGCCAGCCAGGGCUACCACAUCAGCCCCACCAGCUCCUCCCAGUUCUGUCGUGAUGCCGCCUCCUCUCUCUCUCUCUUCUACAACAACGGGGCUCGGCCUUGCGGCUGUCAUGAAAUGGGAGCCACCAGCCCCACUUGUGAGCCCUUUGGGGGCCAGUGUCCCUGCCGUGCCCAUGUGAUCGGCCGGGACUGCUCCCGAUGUGCCACUGGCUACUGGGGCUUCCCCAACUGCAGGCCCUGUGACUGCCGAGGCCCCCUGUGUGACGAGCUCACGGGCCACUGCCUCUGCCCGCCUCGCACCGUGCCACCCGCCUGCAUCGUCUGCCAGCCUCAGUCCUUCGGCUGCCACCCCCUGGUUGGCUGCGAGGAGUGUAACUGUUCGGGCCCCGGCGUCCAGGAGCUCACGGACCCCACCUGUGACAUGGACAGUGGCCAGUGCAAGUGCAGACCCCACGUGGCCGGGCGCCGCUGUGAUACCUGUGCUCCUGGCUUCCACGGCUACCCCAGCUGUCUCCCCUGUGACUGCCAUGAAGCGGGCUCCAUGCCCAGCGUGUGCGACCCCAUCACAGGCCAGUGCCACUGCAAGGAGAACGUGCAGGGCCCAAGGUGUGACCAGUGCCGCCUGGGGACCUUCUCCCUGGACGCCGCCAACCCGAAAGGCUGCACCCGCUGCUUCUGCUUUGGGGCCACCGAGCGCUGUGGGAGCUCAGCCCACAGCCGCCGCGAGCACGUGGACAUGGAGGGCUGGACGCUGCUGAGCGGUGAGCGGCAGGUGGUGCCUCACGAGCGGCGGGCCGGGGCCGAGCUGCUCUACGCCAAUCUGCGGCGCGGGCCCGAGGCCUUCCCGGAGCUGUACUGGCAGGCCCCGCCCUCCUACCUGGGGGACAAGGUGUCAUCCUAUGGCGGGACCCUCCGCUACGAGCUUCACUCGGAGCCCCAGCGGGGAGACGUGUUCAUCCCCAUGGAAAGCAGGCCGGACGUAGUGCUGCAGGGCAAUCAGAUGAGCAUCGUGUUCCUGGAGCCGGCGUACCCGGCACCCGGCCACGUCCACCGUGGGCAGCUGCAGCUGGUGGAGGGGAACUUCCGGCACAUGGAGACCCACAGCGCCGUGUCCCGCGAGGAGCUCAUGAUGGUGCUGGCGGGCCUGGAGCAGCUGCACAUCCGCGCCCUCUUCUCCCAGACCUCCUCGGCCGUCUCCCUGCGCAGGGUGGCGCUGGAGGUGGCCGGCGAGGUGGGCGGGGGGCCUCCAGCCAGCAACGUGGAGCUGUGCAUGUGCCCUGCCAACUACCUCGGGGACUCCUGCCAGGAUUGUGCCCCUGGCUACUACCGGGAUGUCAAAGGUCUCUUCUUGGGUCGCUGUGUCCCCUGUCAGUGCCACGGCCAUUCAGACCGCUGCCUCCCUGGCUCGGGUGUCUGCGUGGGCUGCCAGCACAACACGCAGGGGCGCCGCUGCGAGCACUGCCAGGCCGGCUUCGUGCGCAGUGGGGCUGAGGACCCGGCGGCCCCCUGUGUCAGCUGCCCCUGCCCCCUCGCCGUGCCUUCCAACAACUUUGCCGUGGGCUGCGUCCUGCGAGGUGGCCGCACACAGUGUCUAUGCAAACCUGGCUAUGCGGGCCCCUCCUGCGAGCGGUGCGCCCCGGGCUUCUUUGGUAACCCUAUGGUGCUGGGCAGCUCGUGCCAGCCCUGCGACUGCAGCGGCAACGGUGACCCCAACCUGCUCUUCAGCGACUGUGACCCCCUGACUGGUGCCUGCCGUAGCUGCCUGCGCCACACCGCCGGGCCCCGCUGCGAGAGCUGCGCCCCCGGCUUCUAUGGCAACGCCCUGGUGCCCGGCAACUGCACCCGGUGUGACUGCUCCCCAUGCGGGACAGAGACCUGCGACCCCCACAGCGGGCACUGUGUGUGCAAGCCAGGCGUGACGGGGCCACUCUGUGACCGGUGCCAGGAAGGAUACUUCGGGUUCCAGAGCUGUGGGGGCUGCCGCCCGUGUGCCUGUGGACCAGCCGCCGAGGGCUCUGAGUGCCACCCCCAGAGUGGGCAGUGCCACUGCCAGCCAGGGGUGGGAGGGCCCCAGUGCCGUGAAUGUGCCCCGGGCCACUGGGGGCGCCCUGAGGAGGGCUGCAGGCGCUGCCAGUGCCCGGGGGGCCACUGUGACCUACACACCGGCCGCUGCACCUGCCCCCCCGGGCUCAGUGGGGAGCGCUGUGACACGUGCAGCCACCAGCACCAGGUGCUGAUCCCCGGCGGGCCCGGCAACCGCGGCGUCCACUGUGAAGUGUGUGACCGCUGUGUGGUCCUGCUUCUGGACGACCUGGAGCGGGCCGCCGCCCUCCUCCCUGCCGUCCGGGAACUGUUGCAGGGGGUCAGCGCCAGCUCGAUGGCCUGGGCCCAGCUGCACAGGCUGAACGCCUCCGUCGCCGACCUGCAGGUAGGCCUCGGUCCGGCCCCCCAGCCCCCCCCCCCCAGCGUGCGGGGCCUCACCUUCUCUCCUCCCCAGAGCCAGCUCCGGAGCCCCCCAGGUCCCCGCCACGAGGCAGAACGGCAGCUGGAUGCCCUGGAACAACAGAGCUUGAGCCUCGGACAGGACACACAGGGGCUGGACGGCCAGGCCUCGAGAGCCCUCGCCCGGGCUAGGCAGCUGCUGGACAGCACCGAGGCGGCGUCGGGCCGGGCGCAGACACUGCUGGCGUCCAUCAGGGCUGUGGACCGCAUCCUGAGCGAGCUGGAGUCCCAGACAGGUCACCUGUUCCCGGCCAAUGUCUCCACCCCGUCGGGCGAGCUCGUGCGCCGGACGCUGGCUGAGGUGGAGCGUCUGCUUGGGGAGAUGCGGGCCCGCGACCUGGGUGCCCCGAGAGCAGCAGCUGAGGCUGAGCUGGGCAAGGCCCAGAGACUGCUGGCCCGUGUGCAGGGACGACUGACCAGCCACUGGGAGCAGAACCAGGCGCUGGCCCAGCGCGCCCAAGAGCAGCUGGCCCAGCACGAGGCUGGCCUCAUGGACCUUCGAGCGGCCCUGAACCGGGCGGUGGGCACCACUCGGCAGGCAGAGGAGCUCAACAGCCAAAACCAGGAGCGCCUGGAGGAGGCCCUGCGACGGAAGGAGGAGCUGUCCAGUGACAGCGCCACUCUGAGCGCCACUCUGCAGGCGGCCUGGAGCGUCCUGGCCCGGCUCUCUGGGCUCCUGCGCGGCAUGGACCAGGCCCGGGAGGAGUACGAGCACCUGGCCGCCAAGCUGGAUGGGGCCCGGACGCCGCUGCUCGAGAAGAUGCGGGCCUUCUCCCCAGCCAACAGCAAGGUGCACUUGGUGGAGGCCGCCGAGGCCCAUGCUCAGCAGCUGGCCCUGCUGGCCCUCAACCUGAGCAGCAUUAUCCAAGGAGUCAACCAGGACCGCCUCACCCAGCGGGCCAUCGAGGCCGCUAACGCCUACAGCAGCAUUCUCCAAGCGGUGCAGGCCGCGGAGGGCACCGCUGGCCGGGCGCUGCAGCAGGCGAGCCACACAUGGACGACGGUGGUGCAGCGCGGCCUGGAGCCCCGAGCCCGCGCGCUGCUGGCCAAUGGCAGUGCCCUGGUGGAGGCCGUCCUCGGGGAGCAGCAGAGGCUGGGCCGCGUGCGGGCUACCCUCCAGGGCACAAGGACCCCACUCCGAGAUGCCCAGGCCAAGAAGGAGCAGCUGGCAGCCCGAGUCAGGGAGAUCCAGGCCAUGUUGGCCGUGGACACAGACGAGACGAGCAAAAAGAUCGCUCAUGCCAAAGCCGUGGCCGCGGAAGCCCAGGCCACGGCCGCCAGAGUGCAGGCCCGGGUUCAGGACAUGCAGCAGAGCGCCGCGCGGUGGCAGGGCCAGUACGGGGGCCUGCGGAGCCAGGAUCUGGACCAGGCGGUCCUGGACGCGGGCCGCUCAGUGACCACCCUGGAGAAGACGCUGCCACAGCUGCUGGCCAAGCUGAGCCUCCUGGAGAACCGCGGGGUGCACAACGCCAGCCUGGCCCUGUCCACCAGCAUCGGCCGCGUGCGGGAGCUCAUCGCCCAAGCCCGGGGGGCUGCCAACAAGGUCAAGGUACCCAUGAAGUUCAGUGGGCGCUCGGGGGUGGAGCUGCGGGCACCUCGGGACCUCUCCGACCUCGCCGCCUACACCGCUCUCAAGUUCUACCUCCAGACUCCAAAGCCGGCGUCCGGCCAGGUCACCGGGGACCGCUUCGUGCUGUACAUGGGCAGCCGCCAGGCUGUUGGCGACUACAUGGGCGUGGCUUUGCGCAACCAGAAGGUGCACUGGGUGUACCGCCUGGGGGAGUCCAGACCUGCCACCCUGAGCGUGGAUGAGGACAUCGGGGAGCAGUUUGCCGCUGUCAGCAUUGACAGAAUCCUCCAGUACGGCCACAUGUCCGUCACGGUGGAGAAGCAGAUGAUCCACGAGACCAAAGGUGACACGGUGGCCCCUGGGGACCAGGGGCUGCUCAACCUGCAGCCUGACGACUUCGUCUUCUACGUGGGGGGCUACCCCAGCAACUUCACGCCCCCCGAGCCCCUCCGCUUUCCCGGCUACCUUGGCUGCAUUGAGAUGGACACGCUCAACGAGGAGGUGUUCAGUCUCUAUAACUUCGAGGAGACCUUCCAGCUGGACACGGCCGUGGACAAGCCAUGUGCCCGCUCCAAGGCGAUCGGGGACCCCUGGCUCACUGACGGCUCCUACCUGGACGGCUCGGGCUUCGCGCGCAUCAGCGUGGGGACUCAGAUCGGCCAGACCAAGCGCUUCGAGCAGGAGCUCCGGCUCGUGUCCUCCCACGGGAUCAUCUUCUUCAUGCAGCACCAGGACCAGUUCCUGUGCCUGGCAGUGCGGGAGGGCAACCUCACCCUCCUCUACGACUUCGGCACGGGCCUGCGGGAGGCCCAACCACAGCACGACCUGGCGCACAAGCUGCAGGCCCUGACCUCGGCCAGCAAGGCAAUCCAGGUGUUCCUGCUGACGGACAGCCACGGCCACAAGCGCGUGCUGGUGCGCGUGGAGAGGAGCACCGUGUUCAGCGUGGACCAGGACAGCGCGCUGGAGCGGGCCGACGCCUACUACCUGGGGGGCGUGCCGCCUGACCAGCUGCCCCCCAGCCUGCGGCAGCUCUUCCCCUCCGGAGGCUCCAUCCGCGGCUGCAUCAAGGGCAUCAAGGCUCUGGGCAAGUACGUGGAUCUCAAGAGGCUGAACACGACGGGCGUGAGCGUGGGGUGCACGGCCGACUUGCUGAUUCAACGGGCCAUGACUUUCCACGGCAAUGGCUUCCUGUCCCUGGAGUUCUCUGAUGUGGAACCCAUCACCAGCUACGUCUACUCUGGAUUUGGCUUCCGCAGCACCCAGGACAGCGGUCUGCUCUACCAUCGGGGAGCCGAGGAUGAGCUAUGCCAGGUGUCCCUGCAGCAGGGCCGCGUGACCCUCCGGCUGUUGAGGACAGAGGUGCAAACUCGAGACAGCUUUGCUGAUGGUGCCCCCCAUUAUGUCACCUUCUACAGCAAUGACUCAGGGGUCUGGCUCUAUGUGGAUGACCAGCUUCAGCAGAUGAAGCCCUACGAAGGGCCGACCCCCGCACCCGAUUCCCAGCGCCCCCAAGCCGGCGAGCUGUCCUUGGGAGGCAGGCCGGAGACCAGCAACUUCUUCAGUGGCUGCAUCAGCAACGUCUUUUUGCUGCGGGUCGUGGAGCCGCAGCGCGUGUUAGACCUGCAGCAGUACUCCAAAAGCGUCAACGUGACCUCAGACUGCGUCCCCGCACCACGUGCCCAGACCCUGGGACAGGCACCUCAAGGACAGCGGGCUGCAGCACUGCGGCAGGCUCCCCGACGCAGCCGCCACCCCCCCCAGGACCAUGGCUGCACGCCACCCCGGCCCCUGAGGACCAUCCGGGACGCCUACCAGUUUGGGGGUCCCCUGUCCAGUCACCUAGAGUUUGCCCACGUCCCGGCCGCCCCUGGGAACUGGUCCCAAGUCUCGAUGCUGGUCCGCCCCCGCGCCCCUCGAGGCCUCCUGCUCCUUGCCACCCCUCUCACGGCCAGCAGCCCCUCCCUGUUCCUCCUCCUGAGCCACGGACACUUUGUCGCUCAGACAGAAGGCCCUGGGCCCCAGCUCCGCGUCCAGAGCCACCAGCGUUCACGGCCCGGCCGGUGGCACACGGUGUCUGUGCGAUGGGGAAAGACUCGGCUCCGGCUGGUGAUGGAUGGGGUCCAGGCCCAGGCCCAGGCGCAGCCCCGCCAGCGCCUGGAGACAGGGAGCCCCCAGCCCCGAACUCUCUUUGUGGGGGGCCUUCCAGCCAGUAACUUCAGCUCCGGGCUCCCGGCGGCUGUGGGCAGCUCCGGCUUCAGUGGCUGCGUGAGGAGACUGAGGCUGGAUGGGCGGCCUCUGCGGCCCCCCGCGCGGGCGGUCGGGGUCACGCCGUGCUUCUCAGGCCGCCUGGAGAAGGGCCUGUUCUUCGCAGAGAGCGGGGGAGUCGUCACUGCAGGUCUGGAGGGCGCAGGUGCGGCCCGGGCCCCUGGGACGGGAGUGGGGGGCCGGCCAGCCCUGCCCCCCUCACAGCCCCUCCCCACAGCCCCCCUGGGGGCCGCCCUGCCUGCUGUGAGCCUGGAGCUGGAGGUGCGGCCUCAGGGGGCCUCGGGCCUCAUCUUGCACCUGGGCGGGGUCCACGCACCCCCCUACCUGCAGCUGCAGCUGCGAGAGAAGCAGGUCCUGCUGUGGGCGGACGACGGUGCGGGGGAGUUCUCCACGUGGGUGACGUGCCCUGCAGCCCUGUGUGACGGGCGAUGGCACCGCCUGGCAGUGACCAAAGGCGGGAACGUGCUCCAGCUGACGGUGGACACGCGGAGCAACAGCACCCGAGGCCCCGCCGCGGCGGCCCCCUCGGACACCCUGGCCCCUCUGCACCUUGGGGGCCUGCCCGGGUCUGCGGACACACAGGCUGGGCCUACCUACCACGGCUGCAUGAGGAACCUGGCAGUGAAUGGGUCCCCCGUCACCUGGCCUCGCUCUGGGGGUGUUCAGGGGGCGGUGGGGGUCAGCGGCUGCCCGGCCACGUAGCGCCGCGGCCCCCCCCGGGGGCCCCGAGUCCACAGGAGGGCUGCCCCCGACGGGUGGGCUCCCGCCUCUCAGAGCCUCCAGGCCCCGCCUCGGCCAGUUCAGGUCAAGUUUGUGUCUACCUGGACUCCUCUAGGUUCUAGGAGUGAGGAUUCUUCCUGGAAAUGGUUUUUAAGUUAUAUCUCUUUAAACGAAAGGGUAAAAUUCUGUAAACUGGGUUUUUUAAUACAUUUUCUCUUUCAGCUUUGUUGAGAUUUUCCCUCCGAUUUUUAAUCACAUGAGAAAUCUGCCUGCUUCUUAAAAAUUAAAAAAUUGCUACUUCUGUUUAA